UGAGCGAAUAAAAUUUUUCUUAGAGGAAAAGUCUUGGCCAUUAAUCAUUUUCAGGCAUGUCACCACCCAAGCUGAAUUAUUUUCGUAUGCAUGUAUAGCUUUGCAGGGUGUUCAGAACUGGGGGAGGUCGAUGUAGUGUCUCGUUCUCUGGGGUGGAAAGGCCAUUCCGGUCAUGACUUUAGACGCGGUUUCAUGGCUGUGGAAAAGCAUUGGCAAGAUGCCCCUCUUUCUACUCUUCAAAGACACAAGGAAUGUUUUCAGAAGCGAUGAUAUAGGCAAGGAAAUAAUGCAGAUCGCACUCCCAACGGCGCUGGCUUUAACAGCCGACCCUAUUGCUUCUCUAAUAGACACUGCAUUCAUUGGACGCAUAGGUCCUGUGGAGCUUGCUGCUGUAGGAGUUUCUAUUGCUGUUUUCAAUCAAGUAUCAAAGAUAGCAAUAAUUCCACUUGUCAGUAUUACAACAUCUUUUGUAGCUGAGGAAGAUGCUAAUGAAAGAUUGAGUAUGGAAGCAGAUGACAGUGAAGUACUCAAAAAGGGUUAUGCUGUCGAUCUGGAGAUGGAAAUGAAAGAGCUGAUACCUCAAGUUGAGUCUUCGUGCAAGUCACCAACCCUUACCAAAAGUUACAGAAAAACAGAUGAUAGAAGGCAUAUUCCAUCAGCUUCAUCAGCAUUGGUUGUUGGUAGCCUGCUAGGGCUCAUACAAGCUUUAUUCCUCAUUUUUUCUGCUAAGCCAAUAUUGAACUAUAUGGGUGUAGAUUCUAAUUCUCCCAUGUUAAAGCCAGCCCAACAAUACUUGACACUGAGGUCUCUUGGUGCUCCAGCGGUUCUUCUCUCUCUGGCCAUGCAAGGGGUUUUUAGAGGAUUUAAAGACACAAAAACGCCGUUAUAUGUUACCAUGGUGGGAGAUGCAGCAAAUAUCAUUCUAGACCCGAUAUUUAUGUUCACACUCCGCAUGGGGGUUAGUGGAGCAGCCCUUGCCCAUGUUAUUUCACAGUACCUAAUCUCCCUGAUUCUCUUGUGGAGGUUAAUGAAAGAAGUUGAUCUCUUAGCUCCAAGUAUAAACGAACUUCAAUUUGGCCGUUUUCUUAGUAAUGGAUUUAUGUUGUUGGUGAGGGUCAUAGCUGUGACAUUCUGUGUGACCCUGGCAGCAUCAUUGGCUGCAAGGCAGGGAUCAACAGCAAUGGCUGCCUUUCAGGUUUGCCUACAGAUAUGGCUGGCAACCUCUUUGCUUGCAGAUGGGUUGGCUGUUGCCGGACAAGCAAUUCUUGCAGGUGCAUUCGCAAAGAAGGAUUACAACAAGGCCGCAACCACUGCUUCUCGUGUUUUGCAGUUGGGCUUGGUUUUGGGGCUAUCACUCGCGAUCAUCCUUGUAGGUGUAUUACAAUUUGCCUCCAGAAUAUUUACACAGGACGUCAAUGUUCUGCAACUUAUAGGUCUAAGCAUUCCGUUUGUUGCAGUGACUCAACCUAUCAAUGCUUUAGCAUUUGUUUUUGAUGGAAUCAACUAUGGUGCUUCCGAUUUUGCAUAUUCUGCUUACUCGAUGGUUUUGGUGGCAGUAGUGAGCAUAACUUGCUUAUUUAUACAAUCAUCUAGUCAUGGCUUUAUUGGAAUCUGGAUUGCUCUGUCUAUCUAUAUGAGUUUGCGCGCAUUGGCUGGCUUUUGGAGGAUAGGGACUGCAACAGGACCGUGGAGAUUUCUCAGGGAAUUAUAGCUGCCUAAAGGAUGUUCUGUACAUAGAUUUAUUUAUUUUUGUUUAUUCUAUUCCCAUGAAUUUUGCUAUAACUGUCAACAUCCUGGAACCCUGCAUGCUGUAAUAGGGAUGAUUCAUGUUUCCAACUAAAAUAUAAUGGUAUUUGCCUCCCAUUUCUUUAACUGAAAA